GUUUGGAAAACUUUUAAGUAGGCUAAUAUAAUGUAUAUGCACUUCCUGUUGUUAAUAACAAAUGGAAUAUUUUCUUUCUCUUAGUAUUUUUCUAUCAAUAUGGUACACGAUUAUCUUAUUUAAAUCAAUGUGUUAAACGAAUUAAGUAAAAAAAAGUUGGCUCCUCUACUAAAUUUAAUUUGAAUAACGUAAAUAGACCUACACAGAAAAAAAAUUAUUUCUUUAUAAAUGUAGGCUAUUUAUAUAUUUUUUAUAUAUUUACAUUACACUUGCAUUACGUUUUACAGCCAGCUGUAAUAUAGGCUAUUUAAUAUAAAUGUUGACAUGCUUUCUUAUGAAUAGGCUAUUAUAAUUGGAAUCGGAUAAUCCAUGGCUUUUUAAAAGUGACAGAGCCUUCACAUCAUUAAUAAAUUAAAUGAAUAUGAUUUAUAGAUCCGAAUAUUAUGUAGUGGAAAAAAUGUGGAAAUGAAAGUUCACAAACAAACUGAGUUUUAGUCCCUUUAACAGGCACGUGCCUCAAGCAAGCGCUUCAAUUGAAUGUUUGUUCAAAGGGCUCAAAGAGGUUCGCAAGACGAGCACUAAUUACAUUGCCACGGUGCUUCACUUGAGAAAAUAACACCGAAUUCCUCCUGUUCUAGACGAAACCAGAGUCUCGUUUGAUAAGGACGCUGAAGUAGUCGCUCCUGUGUGAAAUCAGCUGCAAAUUCCUCCUAACGUGCAUCUUUAGAAAAGCAAUCAUUUAGACUCGAAACCCACCAUUAUAAACUCUAGCAAGUCUUUACAAUAUUUCUCACCUGGGGAUGACAUUUUUAAGGGGUCUUACUUGAGACAGGCUCACUCGCAUUACUAAACUGAACAGAGGUUUUAGAAGUGCGGAUGCUUUGGACAUAACGCUCCACUUUUAUGGAGGAAGCUUCUUAGAUCGUUUUCGUUUUAGAAUACAACAGAACUUUAGAUUUGUGCUUCGUACUAAGCAUGGAGGAACUGGCUCGGGAGAGUAUACGCAGCAUCAGUCUGCUAUCCAAACCUGCGCAGGGCUCGGACGUCCCGCGACUUGGAUCGUUUGGGGCCAUUUUCAUCAUGCUUAAAUCAGCCCUCGGCGCGGGACUCCUUAACUUUCCAUGGGCUUUUGAGAAGGCUGGCGGCGUGAACACAGCCAUCAGUGUGGAGAUGGUGUCUCUGGUUUUUCUCAUAAGCGGGUUGGUCAUUCUAGGCUACGCCUCAUCAAUCAGUCGGCAGAAGACGUAUCAUGAUGUGGUACGAGAGGUGUGUGGACAGAGGAUUGGCCAUCUGUGUGAAAUCUGCUUUGUUUUCAACCUCUUUAUGAUCUCUGUGGCCUUUUUGGUGGUUGUGCAGGAUCAGCUGGAUAAGUUGUGUCUGUCUCUGUAUGAGACAGUGACGGGAAAUACAGAAGGAGAGAUGCCAUAUCACUGGUACACAGAUCACCGUUUCGCACUCUUUGUCAUGUGCCUCAUUAUCAUCCUUCCACUCUCUAUACCCAAAGAGAUCGGCAUCCAGAAAUACACCAGUGUAUUGGGAACUUUGGCUGCUACAUACCUGAGUGUAGCCGUGAUUGCAAAGUAUUAUCUAAAAGAUGAGCACACGGCAGACCUCACACCAGAGCACAGUCAAGGACUGGACUCGUGGGCCUCCAUCUUCAGCGUGGUUCCUACUAUCUGUUUUGGUUUCCAGUGUCACGAAGCUUGUAUUGCUAUUUACAGCAGCAUGGAAAACAAAAAGAUUACACACUGGGUUUUCAUCUCUGUCACUUCUAUGAUUUUCUGUCUGCUUAUUUAUACUCUCACGGGUGUGUUUGGUUUUCUCACAUUUGGACGGGAAGUAGCCUCAGAUAUCUUGAUGUCAUAUCCUGGAAAUGAUGUAGUGAUGAUUAUUGCUAGGCUGCUGUUUGGUAUUUCGAUCAUCACCAUCUAUCCUAUAAUACUGCUGCUGGGAAGGUCAGUGAUUCUAACACAGAUACUGCGCUUUUGGGAACGACGGGCCAUAAUUACAUCUGUGUUUGAGAGUCGGUGCCGUCUGAUCCUAACAAUUCUCUGGAUCACUGUGACUCUCCUCAUCGCCAUAUAUGUACCAGAUAUGAGUGAGGUCAUCAGCAUAAUUGGGGGAAUUAGUGCCUUCUUUAUAUUUAUUUUUCCUGGGCUGUGCCUCAUUUUUGCCAUGCAGACAGAACCUAUAAAUCACAGGAUGAGAUCCAUCUUGACAGGAUGGGGUGUGGUGACUGUCAUUACUGGAGCUUUUAUCUUUGGCCAGAGCACAACUAUAGCUGUUAUGGAGCUGACACACAAAUUUUAAUCUUCGUCAUGGUCUUCAUCAUUUGGAAUAUUAUUGUCUUGACAAAAUGUGUUUGUAUAUUUGAUUAACGGAUGAUAAACAGUAUGAUACUUGAAACCGAGGAAGAGAAAAUGUCACACAACAGGGCCUUAUGCGUGUAUUACUGUUAGUGGGUUAAAGCUAGAUGGCAUACAGCAAAAACUACUGGGCAUGCGCACAUCAAUGUAGCGUAAUUUUUGUACAACACAUUGUACAACAAUAAUUACUUUUUUUGCAUUAUUGUAAGGGGUAGGUUUAGGGUUGAUAUAGGUGCAGAUGUUAAUAAAACACAAUCUAAUAGGUAGAAAAUUCAAUGUAUUGUUAGUUUCUGGUUUUUUGCUGUAUCCCUUCUAGCCACCACCCUGUAAGUGCUCAGUUUGAUAUGCUGUGUGUGCGUGUGAUUAAGAAAAGGUGUAGGAGGAUUUUUGUUUAUAUAUUUAUUAUAUUGUGUAGGUUUAGACAAGAACAAUAAAUUUAUUUAAAUGCAUUAUGUGGAAUGAAUACUGAAUACUGGAGUAUAUGAAUACAAAUAUAAAGAAUG